AAACUUGUAAGCGAUAAACAUGUCUGGAAUUACUUGCACAGAUGAGAUUUCUGUUUUGUAUGACAAGCUGAGACUUCGCAAAUACUGCAGAUACAUCAUGCUCAAGAUCGAUAAGGUCAAUGAUGUGGAAACCAUUGUUUUGGAAAGAGAGGCACCCAGAGAGGAGACUUGGGAGCAGUUUGUUGACUCGCUUCCUGCCUAUGAGCCUCGCUUCAUUGUCUACGACUUUGAGUUCACCGAUAGUGAGAGAAGAAAGCACGCUGAUCUGCUUCUGAUCACUUGGAUUCCAGACAACUGCUCUGUGAAGCAGAAGGUGGUUUACUCUUCUAGCAAGAAGUCGUUCUUGACGAAGCUGGUGGGCGCCAAGAUUAUUGAUGCUUUCGAUGCUGAUGACUUGCGCGAAGACGUCAUUAUCAACAAGAUUUUGUAAAUUCAGUUGGGUACGCCGGAACAUAUAUAUG